GUAACGGGCUUUUUCUUUUCACUUUAAAUUGAUUUGUCGUAUAACAUAAAUGUUCUUGUCUAUAACUUAAUUACAAAAUGUUUAAAUUCUGGCUUAUAAUUAUCUGCUGGGCAGUCAUUUCAACAAUAAUUGUUGCACAUCAUGAUGCCUUAUCUGAGCAUGAAAAUAUUCUUUCUUUACUCAAGUACCAUUAUCGUACGAAACAUCAUCAUUCUUUACACAGAAGCCAUUCUUCACGCGGCCAUCAUUAUCCUCCUGAAUUAAAAAAGCUCUUUGAAGGCAAAAAAAAGGAAGAAAAAACUGUUUGUCAAAGCGAAGAAUGUAAAUUAAUUGCUAGGAUAAUAAAAGAUAAUAUCAAUAAAUCGGUUGAUCCUUGCGAUGAUUUUUAUCAAUAUGCAUGUGGUAAGUUUGGAGAAAAUAAUCCAAUUCCACCAGGCGAAGAUAGUUGGAGUUUCGUUCAAAUAAUGAAAAGAAAUCUUAAUCGUCAAAUGGAAGAAAUUCUAGAAUCAAAAACGAAUUCGGACGAUUUGCUGACAAUUAAAUUAGGAAAAAGAUAUUUCCGUACUUGUAUGGAUCUCAAGGGUAGAGAACGAAAGGGUCUUGAGCCCUUAGUCAUAACUAUGGCAAGAAUUGGUGGUUGGCCGUUGAUAAUGGAACCCGAAGAAUGGGACGAAACCGAACAUACCUGGCAAAAAAUUGAUGAUUAUUAUGCUGCUCUAACGGGAUAUAAUACAUUUUAUAAUCUUCGUGUUUAUACUCAUAUUUCAUCCUCUACAAACGAAACUCUUACAGCGGUAACAUUACCGCGAGUGCCUACAGGUUCGAAAAGAUUACGAGUGAAAAAUGAAGAAUCGAAAUACGCAUGCGGUAAAGACAGUAAAGAUGAAAGCAAAGAGGAAAGUUAUGACGACAAAGAUACUAGCAGCUACGAAGGUAAGGAAGAAAAAGAGAAUUUAAAUGACAAUGACGAUGAUAGCCAACAACAGGAUAGCCAAGAAAAAAAUAGCAAGGAUACAGAAUCUGAAGAAGUAAACUCUGAAGAAAAUCGUAAUAUGACACAAGAAUAUGUUAAUACGAUGAUUGAGAUUGCAAUGGCUAUUGCCGAAACUCGAGGAUUUCAAGUUUCAGAAAACCGUAUCGCGGCAGACGUUAAUGAUGUUGUACAGUUUCAACGAACAUUAAUAGAGAUCGGUGAUAAUACUUACAUGUGUGGUGAGAAACAAUUUACACUUGAAGAAUUUCAAGAGCUAUACGAUAAUACAAGUGUUUCUACAAGAACUGCAAAGAUUAAUUUUAUCGAUAAAAUACUAAAUUUGCUCGAGGUUGCAAAUGUUAAGGCCAGUCAAGAUUUAGAAAUCCACGUACAAUCGACAAGAUUCUUUUUAGCUCUUAAUUCCUUACUCGAUGAAACACCGGAUCGUGUUAUUAUCAAUUACAUUCAUUGGCUUUAUGUUAGUCACUUGAUAGAUGCUACAACCGAGAAGAUGGAAGAUUUACACUAUGUUUUGCAGACGGGUAAAAAACUUGACAAAAUAACUUCAUCAAAAAAAAACCGGAUGGAGAAAUGCGUAGGAGAAGUAGGAUUAAUUGAUAUUACAGCAUACGCCUUUGUUAAAAAAUAUUUUCCUGAUAAAAUAAAAAAAACGGCAGAAGAAAUGAUCUCAUAUGUACAAAAGGAAGUGGAACGUGAGAUUUUGGAAUCAGAAUGGUUGGAUGAUAAUAUUCGCAAAUUUGCUACGGAGAAAGUUCAAAAUAUGAAAAAAUUUGUUGGAUAUCCAUCCUGGUAUUCUAAUACUACGAUAAUGAAAAAUUUUUAUAAGGGACUCGUGAUUGGUCCUUCCUACUUUGAAAAUAGAAUGAGCUUUGGCAGAUAUGAAACAUGGAAAAAUUUCCGUUUAUUAAAGAAGGAUCCAACAUCUGUAUCAGAAGAAGACUAUAUUACGCCUCUUAUAUUGAACGCUUUAUAUGCACCAUUUGAAAAUAAGAUGUUUAUAACAGCUGCAGACUUUCAAAAUCCAUUUUUCGCGAUUUCAAGACCACCCAUAAUAAAUUACGGAAUUAUUGGUGCUAUUAUGGGUCACGAGAUUAACCAUGGAUUUGACGAUUCUGGACGACUUUAUAACAAAAAUGGCAAAGAAAUUCAAUGGCUAGGUACAAUGGCUUCAGCUUAUAACAAACGAGUCGAAUGUUUUGUCGAUCAAUAUAAUAGUUUAGUAAAGGAUGAAGAACUUAAAAAAAAUGAAAAAGAUAUACCGAGUUACGGCAAUAGAACCAGAAACGAAAAUAUAGCCGAUACAAUGGGUCUUGAAGCAUCCUUAGGUGCAUAUCGUAUAUAUGAGAAAGAAAUGAAGAGUAAAUCAGAAGAAGUUUUAUCAGGCUUGGAACAUUUAACCACCGAACAACUUUACUUUUUGUCUUAUGCUAAUACCUUCUGCGAAGUAAUUAGUCCAGAGAGGCUAAAGGAAUAUAAGGAUGAUGAACAUAGUACAGGACAAUUACGAGUACUCGGACCUAUCUCAAAUUCAGAGAGCUUUGCCAAGUCUUUCAAUUGCCCGAUUGGAAGUCCAAUGAAUCCGGAAAAGAAGUGUAACAUUUGGAAGUAACUGAAAACGGAAGAUGAUAUUUUCUGUGACUAUCCUACACCCCCUAUCUAUCUUAUUUGAUUAAAUCUUAAGAUUAUGAGUUCCUUGGAAAAGAAAAGAAAUAAAUAAAUAAGACAAUAAUUUCAUUAAUCAUAUUGCGUCGCUAUAUUUGAGCGUCUAUGAAGAUAAUCGAGUUUUGUAUGUAGUCUCGUCUUCGGAGAAGUAAUUAGACGAAAGUAAAUUGUUCUAUUAAUUACUGCAUGUAACUACGUAGAUCGUGCGUAAUUAAUAACAGCUCUUAGUUACACGCUUUGAUCCCUUUAUGAUAAAACCAAAGUACUUUCGUAUAAAGGACAUAGAAAGUGUCUUUUGAUUAUCUUGUACCUUCAUACGUAACCAUAUACAGAGUAAUUGCUUUUAAGAUAUUUUACACUUUAAGCUUUCGAUGCACUUACAGUUAAAUAUAGAACGUAUGUACAUGAAUAUUUAUCUAUGCGUCGAUAAGGAAUUAACAUAUUUUUAUUUACUGAGAAAAGA